GAAGGGGCCCAGCCUGACAGUUAUCCUGGCCGAGCAGAGCAGCCAAAUCCCUACCCAGGGCUGUCCUCCCGCCUCCCCCACCCUGUGUACAGAGCAGCUGGGAAUGGCUCCAUUCCCACCCCUCGGGUAUAAAUGGGGCCUGCGCUGCCAGCCAGGGAAGAGCUGCGCUCCUCUGUCCGGGAUAAAGCAGUGUUUUUCAGGGUAUAGAGAUGAUUCUCACCAGCAUGGGUGUUAAGGCCACCAUCCUUUGUCUCCUGGCCUCAGCUGGCCUGGCUGCUGGCGACCGUGUGUACAUCCACCCCUUCCACCUCCUCUUCUACCCCAAGAGCAGCUGUAUUCAGUUGGAGAAGUCCAGUGUGGAGACGCCCAAGGAGGCAACCUUCACACCUGUUCUGGUGCAGGCCAAGACCUCCCCUGUGAAUGAAGCUGCCCUGCAUGAGGAGCUGGUGCUGGCCGUUGAGCAACUUGCACCUGAAGACAGGCAGCGGGCCACUCAGGUUGGGAUGAUGGCCAACUUCCUGGGCUUCCGCAUGUACAAGACUCUGAGUGAGGAGGGGAGCACAGCCAGUGGGGCCAUCCUCUCCCCAACAGCUCUCUUUGGUACUCUGGCCUCUCUGUAUCUGGGUGCCAGGGACCCCACAGCCGGCCAGCUGCAGGCACUACUGGGUGUUCCCAUGCAGGACCAGGGCUGUACCUCCCGGCUGGAUGGGCACAAGGUCCUCUCUGCCCUACAAGCCAUUCAGGGUCUUCUGGUAGCCCAGGGCAGGGCCAGCGGCCAGGCCCAGAUGUUGCUGUCCACUGUGGUGGCCCUGUUCACGGCCCCCGGCCUGCACCUGAAGCAACCAUUUGUGCUGAGCCUGGCUCCUUUUGCGCCUGUCAUCCUCCCGCGCUCUCUGGACUUGUCCACCGAUCCAGAUCUUGCGGCUGAGAAAAUCAACAAGUUCCUGCAGGCUGUGACAGGGUGGAAGAUGGGUGGAGCCCUGACAACAGUCAGUCCAGGCAGCACCCUGUUGUUCAAUACCUAUGUCCACUUCCAAGGGAGGAUGAAGGGCUUCUCCUUACUGGCUGAGCCUCAGAUGUUCUGGGUGGACAACAGCACCUCGGUGUCUGUCCCUAUGAUGUUGGGCUCUGGCACCUUCCGUCACUGGAGUGACACACGGAAUAACUUCUCAGUGACUCGUGUGCCCAUGGGCAAGAGCGCUGCCCUGCUGCUGAUCCAGCCCCACAGCACCUCCAGCCUGGACCGGAUUGUGCCCCUUGCCUUCAGCCACGACUUCCUGACACAGAUGAAUAACCUAUCUCCCCGGGCCAUGCGUCUGACCUUGCCCCAGCUGCAGCUGAGAGCAUCCUACAACCUGCAGGAGCUGCUGGCCCAGGCCAAGCUGGCCACCCUGCUGGACACUAAGGCCAACCUAGCUGGGAUCAGUGAUACCAACCUGACACUGGGAGAGGUGAUGAACAGCAUCCUUUUUGAACUCAAAGCAGAUGAUAGGAAGCAACCCACGGAGUCUACACCCCAGUCAAGCGCACCGGAGGCCUUGGAGGUGACCCUGAGCAGCCCCUUCCUGUUCGCUGUCUAUGAGAGGGAGGCAGGUGCCCUGCACUUCCUGGGCCGUGUGGACAACCCCCUGAGUGUGGUGUGAGGUCGGGAAGAGUGCCCUAGAGGGCUGCUUGCUGGCUAUGGGACAGGGCCGGCAGCAGAACACCCUGCCAUGUCAGUGACUGUCACCCCUAGACCCCUUCCUUUCCUUCCAAGAGUGAUGUUGGGUGACAAUAGUCUCCUCUGUACACCAUGCUAUGGAUAAUGAGCAGUAGAAACAGUCUCCCAGCCAGGUUGCUUGGAGAACAGAGAUGAGAAUGAGAAGCUGGUGGAUAGCACAGGCUCCCUGUUCUGGAAAGCAUGGGAAAUGACCAAACUAUUUGUGAAACCAGAGGGAGUUUGCUUUUAAUUGGGUUUCAAAAUUAAAACACACAUUUUGUUUUAUUGCCUUGGGUUUAUAUUUAGCUUACUGAGUGAGAUCAUGACCUUCAUGGGGUUCCAAAAUAUCUUAGUUUUUCUUUCCUGUGAUUUUUGAAAAAGACAAAAGACACAAGCAUCUGAAUCUAGCUAGGAUGUAAUACAGUGGGUGAUUACCCCUGUGUUGUUAACAAAAGCUAAGAGGACGCUUAGUGGCAGAGACAUGCCAUUGAGCUGACAGAGUGCUCUUGAGGCCUUUGCUGGGCUCCAGGAGGGCCAGACCAGCACAUGGUCAUCCUGACAGAGCUUUCUGGCCAUGUCUGCUCUGAUGGGCCUGAUCAUGUAUGGAUGGCCAAAGCUGUGGAACCUGUUAGUACAUAGUCCCAGGAGAGAAAUGGAACUGAACACAACCUCCACCCAGGACAUGGGUCUGAGAGCUAUUCCCCUGAUGCAGGGGGUGGAGGAGAGGGCCGGAAGCUUCACCCACACAUACCUGCAUAUGCCUUGCCCUUGGUGGUGCCUGCCUUUUCCAUCUCAUGGGAUUGGGCCCACAAGCCUCUAAUCAUGAGAUGGGCUGCAAAGAGGGCACCUGGCUGGCCACUGUGCCAGGGCUAUGCUUCCUCCUGAGUGUCAUGAGCUCUGCCUUCCUCCUGGCACACAUGCUGGAGCAGGUGAGCAGUGCAGCAUGCCGGUUGCUGGGCAGAGCCAGGCAGAGGUUACCACACAGGAAUCCCAGGCCACCACACAUGUGUAGCCUCCUGGGCUUCAGCUAGAGUGUGGGCUCUGCCUGCUUAUGCACCACCACACACACAUGCCAAGUUGUGUCCCACUUGGAACUACCCAGGGCCAGUGUGGACCUCAGCAGCUCUGAGGACAUACACUGCCCACUCCUGACUGUCCUCAGAAUUUCACCUUCUCCCAAAGGUCUCCCCUGUCCUUAGAUGUUUUUCCCUGGCUCUGAUGUCACUGGGACAGCUUGUCCUCUGUUGUGUGAGUGUGGCCUGGCCUGAACUGGAAGCAUGGUGAGAGGGCAGGUCCUGGGUCCAGAAGUGGAGCCACUCAUGUACUGCCAUGUGACCAGCCUCUCCAGGUCUCACUGCUCUGAUGUGUAAAAGAGCAAAUGCUAAGAUGGAUACAGUGAAUACAUUAACCAUCAUUAAAAGACGUCACAACCCCA